CAGAUUACGAGCACCGAACAAAACUACUAUCCUCACUCCGAACAUGCACUACGCGGCAAGCCUCGAGCUCGCCGACCUCAUUCCUCCGCGAGAAGACUUUUCUGCGCGCGGACUGCGUGUUUGCAGCAGAGGAAUACGCCAUCUGUGCCUCGCUAGCCUCUUUUCUUCGGACAUGGAAGCUGAUGAUGAGGCUUGUCGCGUGUCACCAUGCUCCAUGGGCAGACGCUCGGCACGGCCUUGGCGGAGAAGGCUCUGAUGGCCGAGCAGAUACACAUUGCAUCCGUUAAGAUUUUAUUUCGAGCUUGGCCCUCUUCUUCUUCCUUCAUCUCCUCCCUCUACCCUCAUCUCCCACCCCUACAUCAAUCUCCAUUCACUCAGCCCGUCCUCGCCUCCACUCCAGCAACGCGUUAGCCGUACGAUACACGAAUCGCCAUGUCUAUCAACUCCAGUGGUACCACCUCGGCGCUGCCGGCAGCGGAGCUGAACAGCUAUGACUUUAUCAUUGUGGGUGGCGGGACCGCAGGCUGCGUAAUCGCUUCGCGACUCUCCGAGUACCUGCCCAACAAGAAGGUGCUCUUGAUCGAGGCUGGACCUUCGGAUUUCAUGGACGACCGCGUGCUGCUUCUCAAGGAAUGGCUGAACCUCCUAGGCGGCGAACUCGACUACGACUACCCCACCACCGAACAGCCACAUGGAAACUCUCACAUCCGUCACUCGCGUGCCAAGGUCUUGGGUGGAUGCUCGAGCCACAACACUUUGAUCAGCUUCCGGCCUUUUGAAUACGACUGCAAGCGAUGGGUCAAGCAGGGUUGCAAGGGUUGGGAUUUCAAGACGUUCACGAGGAUUUUGGACAACAUUCGCAACAAUGUCACCCCAGUGCAUGAAAGGCACCGGAACCAGCUCACUCGCGACUGGGUCGAGACUGGCGCAAAGGCAUUAGAUCUUCCACUUGUCAAGGACUACAACCACGAAAUCCGAUCCACCGGAGCUCUCCACCCCGGCAUUGGAUUCUUGUCCGUCUCCUACAACCCAGACGACGGUCGACGAAGCAGCGCAUCAGUCGCCUACAUUCACCCGAUUCUGCGUGGAGAUGAGUGCAGACCGAACUUGACGAUUUUGACCAAUGCUUGGGUGAGUAAGAUUAACCUGUCUGGAAAGCGUGUCACAGGCGUGAACAUCACUCUCCAAGAUGGUACCAAGCAUACUCUCACUGCCAAAGCCGAGACUAUCCUCAGUGCCGGUGCUGUAGACACGCCUCGUUUGAUGAUGUUGUCCGGUCUGGGCCCAAAGCAACAUCUCUCAGACCUCGGCAUUCAAGUUCACCAUGACAUUCCAGGUGUGGGUGAAAACUUGCUUGAUCAUCCCGAGUCCAUCAUUAUGUGGGAGCUGAACAAGCCCGUCGACCACAAUGCCACCGUUAUGGACUCCGACGCAGCCAUCUUCCUUCGAAGGGAAGUGCCCAACGCAGCUGGCAGUGACGGAGACAUCAUCGACAUCAUGGCUCACUGCUACCAAGUCCCAUUCGUUUACAACACUGAACGUCUUGGUUACGAUGUGCCAACAGAAGCCUUCUGUGUAACUCCAAACAUCCCUCGUCCACGAUCUCGCGGUAAGCUCUAUCUUACCAGCAGCGACCCCAGCGUGAAGCCUGCUCUUGACUUCCGCUAUUUCUCCGAUCCAGAGGGCUACGACGCAGCCACAAUUGUCGAGGGCUUAAAAGCCGCUCGCAAAAUCGCCGAGCAGUCACCAUUCAAAGACUGGAUCAAGCGCGAAAUCGCCCCAGGUCCAAAAGUACAAUCUGAUGAGGACUUGAGCGAGUACGGUCGUCGUGUAGCCCACACCGUCUACCACCCUGCCGGUACUACCAAGAUGGGUGAUGUCAAGACCAAUCACAUGGCUGUCGUUGACCCGGAGUUGAAAGUACGCGGUCUUCAGAACAUCCGUAUUGCAGACGCUGGUGUCUUUCCAGAAAUGCCAUCUAUCAACCCCAUGCUUACUGUCAUCGCGAUCGGUGAGCGUUGCGCGGAAAUGGUUGCUCAGACUUGGGGCUGGACUGGUCUUGAGAGAGCUCGUUUGUAGAUGGAUCAAUUUUUUUUUGGAUAGCACGGCGGUAGCGGCAUGAUAAAACGGCGUUUAGGGAGGCAUGAGGGAUCUGAAAAUGUUUGGAGUUUGGCAAAUGGAAAUGAUGCAAAGAGCAAAUGAUUGCGAUGCGAUACCCGGUUCACGCGCGUGGACAUAUAUAUCUGUGAGUAUGGACGUGUACAUCUGCAAUGAAUUUACUUUUCAGAGAUGUGUACUGUUCAUCAACUUGCACGAAAUGAGUAGCAGCGUCGAUCAACGUGACAACACAGAAAUAGGUAAUCCAGAGAUGACACUAUGAAUCGAUUCGAAGAGUCUUGAGGGCUUUGGCACAAAAUAGUAAGGUAGGUAGGUAAUAUCAUCAUCCGCUAAGGAUUA